UUCUUAAGCUUUAUUUGUCACGUUCUGUCUUUGGGGUGGGUGGCUCUGCUCUGUUUGUAGUUCUCUCACAAAAAUAUGGCAAAAGAGUUGCAAUAAAAACUCUGCCUUUUCAUUUUAACUCUCUCUCUCUCUCUUUCUCUCUUACAUUUAUCAAAUUAUGGGAAUGGUAAAAUCUUUUCAUUUAUUUGGCUAUACCUUGCCAAAAGAAAUGAACUAGCAGAGAAGCUGAUCAAACUUUUUAUUUUUAUGCUUCUCUAUCUAAUUCUCAAAAGUUCGAACAAGUAAAUAAUUUUUAUAUGAUAAAAUCAUCAUCUCUUUCUCUCUGGUUUCGGUCUUUGUGAAUAUGUGUUUGUGUGUCAGAAAAGAAGAGGAGUCAUAAGGGAAUCUAAUAAGAAAAGAAAGAAGGAAAAAAAAAGGAGAAAAUUUUGAGAAUGAAUGGUCUAACCGAUCUUGAACCAGAUUGCUCUGAGUUUGUUGAAGUUGAUCCGACUGGCAGAUAUGGCAGAUACAAUGAAAUCCUUGGCAAAGGAGCUUCAAAGAUAGUUUACAAAGCAUUUGAUGAGUAUGAAGGGAUUGAAGUUGCUUGGAACCAGGUCAAGCUUUAUGAUUUCCUGCAAAGCCCUGAAGAUCUUGAGAGGCUUUACUGUGAAAUUCAUCUCCUAAAGACAUUGAAGCAUAAGAACAUUAUGAAGUUCUACACUUCUUGGGUUGAUACUGCAAAUAGGAACAUCAAUUUUGUGACUGAAAUGUUCACUUCUGGGACUCUCAGACAGUACAGGCUAAAGCACAAGAGAGUUAACAUCCGAGCUGUGAAGCACUGGUGUAGGCAGAUCUUGAGAGGGCUUCACUACCUGCAUAGCCAUGACCCUCCUGUGAUCCACAGAGAUCUUAAAUGUGACAAUAUCUUUGUCAAUGGGAAUCAAGGAGAAGUGAAGAUUGGUGAUCUUGGUCUAGCAGCAAUCCUCAGAAAAUCUCAUGCCGCUCACUGCGUUGGGACGCCAGAGUUUAUGGCUCCCGAAGUCUACGAAGAGGCAUACAAUGAAUUAGUUGACAUUUAUUCAUUUGGGAUGUGCAUUUUGGAAAUGGUCACUUUUGAAUAUCCAUAUAGUGAAUGCACUCAUCCUGCUCAGAUCUACAAGAAAGUUGUUUCUGGGAAAAAACCAGAUGCUUUGUACAGAGUUAAGGAUCCAGAAGUGAGACAAUUUGUUGAGAAAUGCUUGGCAACUGUCUCUUUAAGGCUCUCUGCGAGACAACUUUUGAACGAUCCUUUUCUCCAAAUUGAUGAUUGUGAAUAUGAUUUGAGACCAGUCGAUUGCGGGAGAGACUUAGAUGACCUGGGUCCACAUAUAAGGCAGCCUUUAUUUGAUCUUCAUCGAAGUGGUAGUUCCUUUAGCAAUGGCUUUAGCAAUGGAUACUCAAAUGGUUUUGGCUUUGAAGCCCAAAGUGAAUGGGGAUAUCAACCUGUUGAGAUUGAACCAUGUGGAAUCGAACUUUUCGAGCACCAUGAUGAUGAACAUUGUGAAGACACCGGCAUAAGUAUUAAAGGGAAGAGGAGAGAAGAUGGUGGCAUCUUUUUGAGGCUUAGAAUUUCAGAUAAAGAAGGCCGUAUAAGAAACAUCUAUUUCCCAUUUGACAUUGAGAUGGAUACAGCAUUGAGUGUUGCAACUGAAAUGGUUGCGGAACUAGAUAUUACUGAUCAGGAUGUUACAGGAAUAGCGGACAUGAUUGAUGGGGAAAUUGCUUCCUUGGUUCCGGAAUGGCAACCAGGACCUGGUAUAUUGGAAACACCGCACUUUGCUAAUCAAAACUUCUGUCUCAAUUGUGCUUCCAACCAUACCUCCAGUGGUUCCUUCAUGGAGUUUCUUUCGAAGAACCCUGGUGCCAAGAACUUGCAGGUUCUUCAAUGUUGUAGACAUGGAUGUGCGUCGAUGCAUGGUCGUUUUGAGGAGAUUACAUAUCAAGCCGAUGAGUCUGAGCAUCAUGCUACGGAAGUUGCACCUAAAGUUUCAAGCCAGUUGAACUUCCUGCAUUACCAAGAAAUUUGGGGACUGCAUGAAAGUCGAGAGUUGAGUUCAGUAGGCUCUGGACGGAGCCAUUCUGAUGAAGAAUAUGAAAAAAUUGAUCACUCUAUAGACCAUCUGAAGGAUGAGAAGGUUAAUAAAUUGGAUGACAAUAAUAAGUCCAAUGGAAUAAAUUCCUUACAGAACUUAUCUGGUUCACGAUCUUUAUCCUCGAUGGCUUCACUCUCUCAUGACCUCUCAGACACAUAUGAGAAGGAUAAGCGACAGGAACUGAGAUGGCUCAAAGCAAAGUAUCAGAUGGAACUGAGGGAGCUUAGAGAUCAACAAUUGGGAUGUGUCCCAAAUUCUUCCAAUGAUGGAAGCAAAGAUGAAAUAUUAGAAAAUGGGUUCAUGUCAUCUUUGCUAUUAAAUUCAUUACAAAAAGGCAAUGGCGUUCUCUUGCAAUCUUCUGCUGAUGACCCACAAUUUAGUUUGAAUUGCCGUGAUAGUGUCUAUAAGAGUUCUAAUUUGGAAAUCAAAAGGGCUCAACAUAGCAAAGCCUUGAAAUCUCCUAAUGCUAAUGCAGAGGAUAUGGUGACUGCCAGGAGUUUCUACACUGGUUCACUGCUUCCAAACUCUCUUCACAGAACAGUUUCCCUCCCAGUUGAUGCUGUUGAUAUAUAAAAAAAAACUUUGUACUGUCUUGAAGAUUUUGGCUUGGAGUGUAUACUAUCCAACAUAGAACUAAUAGAGUUACACUAGUAGCUGAGACGCAGCCACCAACGAAUAGUUGGAUCCAAGUGUGAUGACUUGGAUGGGUAGGGAUCUUUCUUUGCCUUUACAAAGAUUUGGGUUUUCGUAGGAAUCCUUAUAAAAUCACCCAUUCACCUUAAAUUUACUAAAAGUAGAGCAUCUCAAAAAAGCCCUCUACACGAUUGGUGUUGUUGAUUGAGAGAGAGAAGGUUGUUUUUCUUUUCAGAAAUGCAGCAAAUAAUGGUGGAUUGAAUUAUUGGCCAUGUAAGUUGUAGCUGACCAAUAAGAUGCUGGAUUUCCAAGGACUUAUGAUUUGGUUCCUGUAGGACCCCUCCUUUAUAUCAAUCAUGAAGGAUUUUUUUUUUUUCCUUUUUUAUUUAUAAAAUAUAUUUCAUAGACAAUGAAUUUUAUGGGGGCAGCAGAGUCACCAUGUUCCAUGCAUGGUGAUCUACUUAGAAUC